GACACCUUUAAUUCUUAUUAGGAUACUCUGCUGGAUAUGUCAGUAGAAAUUCAGAGUUCCAGACAUCUACUUAGUCAACCUUUGUGGAUUAAAGAUCCCGAUUAUUUUGACUUGCAAAGUUUGCAAAGACUGGACUAUCACUGGCAUCCAGGGACAUCAAGAAAAACAGAGCCUGAGGGAAUUCGAGCACGAAGUUAUAAACCGAAGGUUUCUGCAUACAGAAGUACGCUUAACUGGGAUUUGGGUGAAAAGUCGAAAUCUGUUUCCUCUGUAAACGCAAGACAGAAAACAGAUGUACUUGAAAAUUUCAGUGGUUCACUGACAAAUCUGCUUAAUCAACAACCAAGAGAUUGGCUUAUUGAUGAUUAUGAUUCAAGGCAUAAACAAUGGAGGAGGACAGAUGAAAUUGUAAGAAGUAAGGAACCAUUCACAAAGAUGUCUUUAUAUCGGGAACAAUUUUCUCCAAAAGAGGCCGAUCGCGUUCAACCAGUGAAGCCGGUGCACGAACCAUUGAAAACUUCAGAGAAAUUCUCUAACAAAUCUGUUUACACUCAUGAAUAUACGCCUAAACCAAUUGUACUGGACAACAAGAAAUUCUCUAACAAAUCUGUUUACACUCAUGAAUAUACGCCUAAACCAAUUGUACUGGACAACAGUAAUACAAAAUAUCGAAAAAUCUGUCUCCCUCUGGAAAUGAUCCCUCAAAAAGUCAUGCCUACACCAAGUGCAGAAACUAAAGAAGAUUUUGCCACAAAUCGAGAUCCAUUUAAAAGUACUACUUAUAGAGAAGAUUUUCAAAAGCACGUGUCGAAAAAUAAUGGACCAGUAAUGUGCAGAAAAUUAGCACCUAAACUGAAAAUGUCCAAUGUAAUAAAACCACCAUAUGAUAUUCUGCAGUUAAAUCCUAUUACAAUUUCUAGUUAUCGAAUGAAUUACACAAAUUCCGUGAAAAGGCAAAAUUCCUAUGAUCAGCUGCCAGCAGCUGGUUUACCAACUUCUGGUGGACCUAUUAAAAGUCAACGGCAAACAUAUUCCUUCAGUCAUGAUAGUCAUGCUAAAGAGAAAGACAACACUGUAGAAAGUCUAUCACAUGCACCUGUUCAUCAGUUGUCAAGGAAUCUUUGUUUACCAAAUAUAAUUGAACAAAUCGAAAAUAAAUGGCCAUAUUUAGAGCAUAGAAAAGGAUGCUUUUAUACAACUAAACAGUUAGAUGGCAACUUUUAAAAUUAUGAUUGUUAUUAUUAUUAUUUUUCUUUAUAACCUGGAUUAUUUAUGUUUUUCCCCGCUCUGUUUACUUUUGAUGAAUAAAAGGAUUG